AUGAAGCAGAUAGAUAUCAGUUCAAAUACGCCUGGUCGAGAGGCAAUAUUUCUACUUAGUUAUAAUAUUUUAGCCGAUCUUUUUGCAGAUGCACAACAAUAUUUUAAUAAAACUGGAAAGGAUUAUGUUAGUUGGCCAUCACGUUCCAUGAAAAUUUUAAAUGAAAUUUUAUCAUUUAAUGCUGAUAUUAUAUGUUUACAAGAAAUGCAAGAAAAUCAUUAUCAUGAAUGGUUAGCAAUUGAAAUGCUCAAAUAUGGUUAUACUGGUAUUUAUGUCAAAAAAAAACGUGAUUGGGGUGCUGGUAAUGAUGGUUGUGCAACAUUUUAUCGACAUCAAAAAGUUGAACUAGUACAAUCAUCAACAAUUGAUUAUACUGACUACGCACGAACAUUAGAAAAGUAUUUUCGUUCAAAAACAGCUUUAGAAACAUUAGCCAUACCAACACAUUCUCUUGGAUUAUACACAUUAUUUCGUACACAUUUAAAUGGAAAACACUUUUGGGUUGCUAAUACACAUAUAACAUGGCAUUAUACUCAUCCAUAUUUACAAUUGUUUCAAGUUAAAACUCUUAUAUCAGAAUUAGAACGAUUAAAUACCCAACAAUUACCGUAUUUAAUUUGUGGUGAUUUUAAUAGUGGUCCUCAAUCACCUGUAUUUGAAUAUUUAUCAACUGGAAAAAUUUCUCAAUGUUCUUCACAUUAUGAAUCAUUAAAACAAGUUUAUACAGACUUAUUUAUUGAUAACUAUGGACAAAUGUAUCUUGAUGAACAACACGGACUUAUACAAUCAAUUGAAAAUGCGUAUUGUCCAAAAACAGUUUACAUGGAUUUUACGAAUCACGAUGGUGAAUGGUAUGGCAUUCUCGACUAUAUUUGGUUUGAUAAGAAUAAAUUAAAAUUGACAAAACUUCUACAAUCUAUGUUACCCAGUGAAUGUAUAAACGUUUUACCAAAUGAACAACAUCCUAGUGAUCAUUUACCACUUUUGGCAGAAUUCGAAUUGAUCUAG